AUGCUUGCCAGCCCGGUAACUACAACACCUUUUUCGGUAAAGGAUAUCUUAAAACUGGAACAGCAGCAUGUGUAUAACCAGCAAGGCUUUUCCAGUCCUGAGCCAGAUGCAACUCCGUUACAGUCUCUGCAGUUUCAGUGCAUGCACAGCGCGCUUAGCAGGAGUCUGGAGCUGCUCUACAGCCCUGAGAAACCUGGCUUUAGUCCGGGAGAGCAGGUGAAAUGCGCCCUCAGUGCGGAUGAUUUUGGGUCCUGUGGAUCUCCCACAGAAGAAGACAGGGAUCAUCAAAACUCUAACUCAGGUGCAUGUGAAUUUGAGGAUUCGAGCGGUGCUGAUGGUAAAGACGUGUGCGCUCAGACGGACAAAGUGAAGCCGCGCUCCCGCAGGAAACCUCGCGUCCUCUUCUCUCAGACUCAGGUGUUCGAGCUGGAGCGGCGCUUUAAACAGCAGCGAUACCUGUCCGCUCCGGAGAGAGAACAGCUCGCCUCAGUACUCAAACUCACUUCCACCCAGGUUAAAAUCUGGUUCCAGAACCGCAGGUACAAAUGCAAGCGGCAGAGGCAGGAUAAAAAUCUGGAGCUGGCAGGGCAUCCGCUGGCUCCGCCGCGCAGGGUCGCUGUGCCAGUGCUGGUGCGGGAUGGCAAGCCUUGUCUAAGUCACGGUGCGCCAUAUAACGUUACCAUGGGCGCGUAUCCUUACAACAACUAUUACAACAGUUAUGGAAAUACCCCUUACGCAUGUAAUUUCACCGGUAUGCCUUCAUUCACCAGCGGAACGCAAAUACCCAACCACAUAGUCGAUAUGAACCUAGCCAUUGGAAGUCCUGAUGGAACUCUAGGACAACAAGGACCAUUUCAGAGCACAUUACCUGGAAUCAGAGCCUGGUGA